AUGGCUAUGACGAUGACUGGCCGUGUGCUGCUGGUGUGUGCCCUCUGCGUGCUGUGGUGCGUUGCCGGCGGUGUUUAUGCGAGGGACGUUGACACCAACGCACUGGGUGGCUGCAUGGCGUCGGGAGUGUUGGGUGAGAAUGGAUCCCACAUGCCUGACGGAUGUAAUAAAACUGCGAUUACGGUGCCUUUGCGGUCAGUACUGCCCAUUACUGCCGUCGAAGCCUCGACUGGCGAAAGUGUUUCUCCUUCUGGUCCUGCUGGUGUCGUGGCUUCUGGUUCUUCUCCUGGUAGUGGUUCUGGUGCUUCUCCUGCUGGUGGACCUGCUGCUGGCGCUGGAGGUCCUUCUCUUUCUCCUGCUCCUCCUGCUGCUGGUGGUGGUUCUCCUGGUGGUUCUCCUGGUGGUGGUGGAGGCAGUGGAACUUCUGCUGGCGGUCAAGGCACCGGUGGCGUUUCUUCUGGUGCUCCUGGUGCUCCUGCUGUUCCUGGUGUUAAUUCUUCAGCUGGCCGAAGCGGUGAAGCGGUGCCCUCAGGCAGUAAUCCAUCUAACACAACAGGAGAAUCUUCAACAGGAGAUCAGACGCCUGCUGCAGCAGCGGCUCACAACCCCUCGCCACCCGAAGGACCGACAGGAACGACAUCCGGCACUGGACACAAAGGACAGGAAAAAAAAGAAGAGGAAGAAGAAGAGGAAGAAAAUGAAAAGCAGCAGCAAAGUGAUGAAACACAAGUCCAACAACACCAACAGCAUGAACACCCCGCGGAAAACGGCGAAGAAUCCGCGAAAGAUAAAAACGCCCUUCGCACAAAUGCCACCGCAAAUACAGGCGACAGUGACGGCAGCACCGCGGUCUCCCACACCACCUCUCUUUUGCCUCGUCUUCUUUUUGCGUGUGCGGCUGCUGCUGCGGUGGUGGCCGCGUGA